GUCUGAAGACUUGCGACGUGAAUUUGGUCGUUAUGGGCCUAUAGUUGAUGUAUAUGUUCCACUUGACUUCUACACUCGUCGUCCCAGAGGAUUUGCUUAUGUUCAAUUUGAAGAUGUCCGUGAUGCAGAGGAUGCUCUCCAUAAUUUGGAUCGAAAGUGGAUUUGUGGUCGGCAAAUAGAAAUCCAGUUUGCACAGGGGGAUCGAAAGACACCAAAUCAAAUGAAAGCCAAGGAAGGGAGAAACCUAUACAGUUCUUCUCGUUAUGAUGACUAUGACAGAUAUAGGCGAUCUAGAAGUCGGAGUUACGAAAGGAGACGAUCUAGAAGUCGUUCUUUUGAUUACAGCUAUAGAAGAUCGUAUAGUCCCAGAAACAGUAGACCUACUGGAAGACCUCGUCGUAGCAGAAGCCAUUCGGACAAUGAUAGGUUCAAACACCGCAAUCGAUCUUUUUCAAGAUCUAAGUCCAAUUCAAGAUCACGAUCCAAGUCACAGCCCAAGAAAGAAAUGAAGGCUAAAUCACGGUCUAGAGGUAGGACUAAACUUUGACUUGACUUGUGUAUAUGAACAAGCCAGAAAAGCCGAACACAAACCCACGAUGUUUCAAGAGUGCAUGAAUAAAGAUGUUGUCCUAGUUCUUGCUCCCAUGGAAAAAUUGUGAAGAAGCUGUUCUGUGGGCCUUUCAGUUGGGGACGAGUUAGCAGGAUGUGGCCAAAAGGGCAGGGAAUGUUUAUGCAUUCAUGCAAGUCAAGCCACAGCCCAUCUAGAUAACAUCUCCCUUCCUUGAUGCAGGUAUCCUAGUCCUGCU